UAUUAGAAAGCAGUAGUCUGUAAACACUGUGAAGAAAAUAACUGAAUAAGUUCAAUAGGUGAGUCUUGUUCAUGUGAAUCAAAGCUAUAUACCUAGCUCAUUCUAGAUUCUGCUGGUCUCGUCAAUAUUUUAAUCUUUCUGGGUGAUAAGUACAUUUUAUAUUUGGAAGAUAGUAAUAAUGUAAUGUAGGUAACCAUUGUUACCUACGGCUGUGCCAGGAAUCACACGUUAAAAGAUGAAAAAUGCUGCCACUGGGUCUAGUGAUAGUGUAUCUCACAAAAAUCUUGGCAUCUCCAUUGGUCAAUAUUUCAGUAGACGAAACAACAGUAAACGAUGGAGGUUAUCGCUUACCAACAACUCAAAUCCCAUCGAGAUAUGAAAUAAAUAUGACCUUUUCUGCUGCUGUUUUUGACGGACAUGAAAAAUCUUUCGAAGGCAUCGUCCAAAUCACGUUUCAAGUGACAGAGAAAAGGGAUAGCAUACAAAUACAUGCUCCAGUGAAAAUUAUUUCAAUGAAACUGGAUAAUAUAGCACAUGCUAUAGGAGAUGCAUCUUUGAACACCACAACAGAAAUUUUGACUAUACCGUUGAAGAUGAUGUUACAACCUCAAACAAAUUAUGUUAUUACCAUAAAAUACAGAGGCCAGUUAGGUAUGAGAGUUUUUGAAGGAAUAUACAGAAGCAGCUACAAAAAUGCUAAUGGCAUACCUGAAUACCUGGUUACCACACAGUUUCAGGCAACCUACGCAAGAAAGGCUUUCCCAUGUUUUGAUGAACCCAAGUUCAAAGCUAGAUUCGUCAUCAGUAUUACCUAUCCUAGAGGAUUUAAUGCUUUGAGUAAUGCUCCACAAGUUGGGCCACCGUUAGUUGAUAGAGAUGCCGUCUAUGAAACAGCAACCUUCAAAGAAACUCCCAUUAUGUCCACGUAUCUGAUUGCCUUUAUUGUAUCCAAAUUCACAUGCACUGCAGCAAAUACAGAUAUUGAUAUGCCAUAUCAGGUUUGCUCAAGAAAUGAAUUAGCGAGUUUGAGGACGUUUGCUCUCGAAUAUGGUCCUAAAUUUUUGAAAGUUCUCGAAAAUGUAACAGCCUACAAAUUCAAUGAUCAUCAUAUAGGAAAAAUCGACCAUAUUGGAAUUCCAGAUUUUGAAUCAGAAGGAAUGGAGAAUUAUGGAGUGGUGACAUAUGAGGAAGGCAUAUUGCUUCAUGAUCAAAACCAACCUUCACUUGAGAGAACGGACAUCACUCUUUCAAUAAUAGCUCACGAAACAGCACACAUGUGGUUUGGCAACUUGGUUACAUGUGAGUGGUGGGACUACUUAUUCCUCAACGAAGGCUUGGCGAACCUGACGGAGGCAAUGUUUCAUUAUCUUACAGCCUUCUAUCGAGUGAACUACGAUUCCACUCUGUGGAGAGAAAUCAGAACCAUCCUGUACACGAACUACACCGAAAUUGAUGUUCUCAAUAGAGCACAGAUUGUGGACGACUCUCUCAACCUUGCCAAAGCACGCAUCCUCACGUAUUCCGAAGCAUUCAAAAAUGUUAUUUAUCUGAUAAGUGAAACUGAAUAUUUUCCCUGGGUGCCUGCCUUCAGAACUUUACUUCUAUUGAAAACACGAUUAGGGGAAAAUAGCGUUCUGGAAAAGAAUGUUGAUUCAUUCAUGUUGGAGUUGAUGGAAGGGGUGUAUAACAGCGUGUCUUUCACGAAGUUGGAUGAAAACGACCAUAUUUACAUGCUGAAGCUUAACUUGGUGUUGGGACAAGCUUGCAAAUUGGAAAAACCAGACUGCGUGAAGACUGCUAAGAAGUUGUUCAAAAAUUCGAGACAAGGAAAAAGUAUCAACAAAAACCUCAAACCGAUUGUUUACUGCAAUGGUUUGCGCUAUAGCAACAAUAUCGAGGAAGACUGGGAAUUUUUAUGGAACAAAUAUCAAAGUACUGAGGUUCCAAUUGAGAAAAAAAUUAUUUUGGAGGCUCUUGGUUGUACUAAGAAUAUCACAAUUCUGAAAAAGUACCUGGAGUAUUCUGUGAACGAUUCAUAUGGAAUUCGUACCCAUGACGUCCCUACUGUUUGGUCAUCAGUGUUUUCAUCCAGUUCAGAAGGUGUUGAUGUGGCGUUGGAUUAUCUGUGGAAAAAUUAUGAAAAACUUUAUCGAUACUAUCCAAGUGCGGCUUCCAUAGUGUCAGAGAUUGCGGACAGGUUAACUACUAAGGAACAAGUUGACAAGCUUGAAGACUUGGUUCGUAAAGAGCACCUGCACUCAUCACUGAAAUCUGCAGCAAUAUGUGCUGUUACCUCAGCAAAAGUCAAUAUUGCUUGGACUUCGGCAGUAACAAGUGACUUAGAACGAUAUUUUAAUAAACGUGGUAAUAUUGCCUCUUUUUCAACAAUCCAUCGUUAGUUUUCUACAGUGUGUUCAUUCAAUAGUUGGAUGUUUUUAGUUGUUCUCAUUUGAAUUUUUUUCUGAGGUUAUUAUACUUUAAUGUUAUCUAGUCUAUAUAGUUUUGAAAAAAGUAGUUCUGGUUCAACUGAUAGUAAUAAUAGACUGAAAAUAAUUCUAAUAAAUACACUUUUUUCAUACCAGAACAAAAAUAUUUUCCAUAGAGGCACAUUUCGCUAACCUAUUUUUAGUCAUCUCCUGAUGAUGCUUAUUUAGCGAAACGCCCGACAGGAGAUAUUACUUUUGUUCUAGAGAGGAAUAGCAUCUGAUCAAUAAAAUACUAUUUUGUGAUUCGAACUUCAACUAACCUCCUUCUGAACCAAUAUUCGAUGAAAAUUCCAUACAAAAUUGUAAUUCAAUAAUUCGAGACUCUUUAAUGUUUUGAAAACGAGUGUGUGAAAAUUACAAAAGAGAAUAAUAUUAAGUCAUCAAUAAAUGUAAUGAGUAAAUCGAA